GGCGGCGGCGGCGGCGGCGGCGCGUGGCAGGUCCGGCGGGCUCGAGGCGGCGGCUGAGGCGGCCUGGUCCCGGCCCGGCCUCGUCCCGCCCGGCGGCCCGGACCCGACCCCGGCCCGCCCGCCCGCCCGGCUCGCUCGGCGCGCCGCGGCCCCGCCCCGGCCCGGCACCUCCCCAGGGAGCGGCGCCGCCGGCGAGCGCAGGCCUGGCCAUGACCGACUUCAAACUGGGCAUCGUGCGGCUCGGCCGGGUGGCCGGGAAGGAGCCGGCCGGCCGUGCCGCUGACCAGCCCCGGACCGUACCCUGGAUGGGAACCCUGUUCCCAUCGCCAGCGGCGGAAGCUUCGGGUGGGAGAGGAGCAGAGGCAGUCAGACGAAGACCAAGUACACGCUGAUAGACGAGCAGGACAUCCCGCUGGUGGAGGGCUACUCCUUCGAGGCCAGGAUGGAAGUGGAUGCCGAUGGAAAUGGUGCUAAGAUAUUCGCUUAUGCCUUUGACAAAAACCGAGGAAGGGGCUCGGGCAGGCUUCUGCAUGAGUUGCUGUGGGAGCGGCACAGGGGCGGCAUCGCCCCCGGCUUCCAGGUCGUGCAUCUCAACGCGGUGACCGUGGACAAUCGCCUGGACAACCUGCAGCUGGUGCCGUGGGGCUGGCGGCCCAAAGCGGAGGAGACCUCCAGCAAACAGAGGGAGCAGAGCUUGUACUGGCUCGCCAUCCAGCAGCUGCCCACGGACCCCAUCGAGGAGCAGUUCCCCGCGCUGAGUGCCACGCGGUACUACAACGCCAACGGGGACGUGGUGGAGGAGGAGGAGAGCUCCUGCACCUACUACGAGUGCCACUACCCGCCCUGCACCAUGAUCGAGAAGCAGCUCCGGGAGUUCAACAUCUGCGGGCGCUGCCAGGUGGCGCGGUACUGCGGCUCGCAGUGCCAGCAGAAGGACUGGCCCGCCCACAAGAAGCACUGCCGGGAGAAGCGGCGCCCCUUCCAGCACGAGCCCGAGCCGGAGCGAUGACUGGGCAGCGGCAGCCCGGCUGUGGCUCCAGGCCCGCCCUGGGCGCCGCGGACACGGUGGUGGCUGAGCCUGGUGUGGAAGAAGCCGGCAGCGCCCGGAGCCGCGGCGGUGGCGGCGGCCCUGGUUGCGGGCACUUGGCGGGGCCAGCGCUCCCCUGGAAGUGCUCCCUGCAGGACAGCUGGGAGGCUCCCGCCAGGAUGCUUCUCAUUAUUUAUAUGUUAAUAUGUUUGUAAACUCAUGUACAGUUUUUUGGGGGGGAGGCCGUGGGGGGUUAGGAGUUACAAAUAGAAUCAUUUGCUGUCAUCCUCAAGCUGCAGACGGUCAGGCCACGGGUCUCAGACUGUCACAGCAGGAGCCGCCAGGAGUGCGGCCUCGGUGUGGCGUCCACACGGAAAGUAAAGGGCAGUCACCCAGCA